AUGGCGUCCUCCGGCUGCCGGACUGUAAACGCAGGAACGCCGGGCUGUCAGAACAGGGAAAAGAUGCAAGAUGUUAGACAGGGUUCCUACAGCAUAAGCUCUCCUCACCUGGUCCAGGUCAGAGAGAGGAUCCGAAUCAACGGCCAGCCCAUCAGUAAGGAUCUCUUCACUAAAUACUUCUGGCAGGUUUAUGGACGGCUGGAUGAAACCAAGGAGGUCCACGGAGGGACGAUGCCGGCCUACUUCCGAUUCCUCACCAUCUUGGCCUUCCACAUCUUCCUGCAGGAGAAGGUGGAUCUGGCUGUGAUCGAAGUCGGCAUCGGAGGAGCGUACGACUGCACCAACAUCAUCAGGAGGCCCUGGGUCUGCGGGAUCUCCUCUCUUGGCAUCGACCACACCCAGAUUUUAGGAGACACCAUAGAGAAGAUCGCCUGGCAGAAAGGAGGAAUCUUCAAGGUUCCCUUAAACCCUCUGAUGUGUUUCAGUGGAGCUGUGGUCAGAGUGCUGCUGUUUAACGCCACGGGGGAGCGAGAUUCUGCUGCCAUGCUGAAGCUGCUGGUGCCGUGUCACUUCGACUUCGCCGUGUUCUGCCCAAACAUCACCGAAGCCGUGGCGUCCUGUAACGCAGACCAGCAGAACUUCAACGUCUCCGUGGAGAACAUGCUGACCCGCUGCCUGGACAACGAGCGCAGCUGGCGUCUCCAUAGCGACCGGAGAGACCAGGAAGUGCUGCCGCUGCUGAUAGAGGACAGCCUGCCGCUGCUGACGGAGAGAAAAACCGACACGCUGGUUUUCCCGUGCAUCCUCAGCGCUCUGCAGUGGAUCACCCAGGGCAGAGAUCCGGUUCUGACUGACCCGGCCCAGACGGCGCUUCCUGUUAAACCCAGCAUCUCUGCCAGAGCCGCUCCUCUGCGGGACGCUGCUGAGAUCCACGUCCUGGUAACCGGGAGCCUGCACCUGGUGGGAGGAGUCCUCAAACACCUGGACCCGGAGUCGGCCAAGUAAACCGUCUGGACUGGGAGGACUGGGAUGACCACUGGGAAUAAUGGUGGGGUUUAUUUUCAAGGUGUCCAGGUUC